AUGAAUGAGAGAAGAGGGGCGUGGCAGAACGGGGACUGGUGGGCGGGGCUUCGGCUGGCAUGCGACAGUCAGGCGGGCGGUCACAACGUUGAGGAAACGCAGCAGGGCCAUGAGGGCGGCGAAGCGGCGCCUCGUCGGGCCGUAACUCUUUGGCGCUGUUACCAUCACGGCCGCCGCCGCCCUGCCCGCACCAUUUCACUUCCCUCCCGGCCAUGGAUGCCGCGGCGGUUGGGCGGCGGUGGCGGCUUGCGCCGCGGAGGGGCCGUCGUUGAGGUCCGUCCGGCGCUGUGACGGUUGGUGACUAACGGCCGCUGCUCCUUCGCUCGCGCGCAGCAUGCCAUGGGGAACAGCUGGGCGGCGCAGUGGUGCUGCUGGCUUUUCCCGAGGCGGGAAACGGGACGGAUCCAACGAGGAGGAGGAGGAGGAGGAGGAUCAAAGUACUUCAGGACAUGUUCUACAGGAGAACAUUUCACUAUAGAGUUUGAGAAUCUAGUGGAAAGUGAUGAGGGUGAAAGUCCAGGAAGCAGCCAAAGACCUCUAACAGAAGAAGAAAUAGCUGAUCUAAGAGCAAGGCAUUACAAUUCCAUUGCUGAAAAACAAAGAACGUUAGAUCAUAAGCUUCAGUCAGAGUUAGCCAUACAAGAGGAGAAGUUAAGAAUAGAAGAAGAGGCUUUAUAUGCUGCGCAGCGUGAAGCAGCCAGGGCAGCAAAGCAGAAAAAGCUCUUGGAGCAACAAAGGGUGCAGAGGAUAACACAGAGAGCACAAUUGGCAAACAGUGGAGAUAAUCAAAGCUCUAUGACAGAGGAAGACUUUGAUGCUUACUUGAGAAAUGUGAAACUACAAUAUGAAGCUUUUCGAAGUAGCAGGCUCUCAUCUGAUGCUACUGUUCUGACACCAAAUACAGAGAGCAGUUGUGACUUGAUGACCAAAACCAAAUCAACCAGUGGAAAUGACGACAGUAAUUCUUUAGAUUUGGAGUGGGAAGAUGAAGAAGGUAUGAACAGAAUGAUUCCAUUGCGGGAGCGUUCAAAAACUGAAGAGGAUAUACUCCGAGCAGCACUAAAAUUUAGUGGCAAGAAAACUGGUAGUAACCCAACUUCUGCUUCUGAUGACUCUAAUGGUUUGGAAUGGGAGAAUGACUUUGUUAGUGCAGAAAUGGAUGAUAAUGGCAACUCUGAGUAUGCUGGAUUUGUAAACCCCGUCUUAGAACUGUCUGCAUCUGACAAAAAGACAUCUGAUGCCGAACAGCAAGACAGAUAAUGAAAUUAUGUGGUUGAAGUCGGACAAAAAUCUCUAGUUCUGUAUGUGUGUAGGUCAUUGCUGCUGCACAACUUCCUUUAAAAUACGGAAGUUGCACAUUGACAAUACUUGAUGAACUUAAACAUAGAUUUUUUUUUCUAGAAUGUGAAAGAAACCAUGUGAUAA